GCUUGUACCUUUUCCAUUCAAUCGCUAGGGGACCCUGCUGUGAGUGAUGUCUGAGAUCAGGUUGUGUUGUGCGCUUGUGAGCACAGUUGGGCAGCAGCAGUCGCCACCGUGCGUCGCUGAAAAUGUUGCAGCAGCAGCAGCCUCUGACGGGCAGCGGGCCCGCGAACGGCCGGGGACUCGGCGUGAGUGGUCACCCCGGGAUGCACGCACUUAACUCGGUUCAUCAACCUUCCCAGCACCGGUCCGACGGAGGGGACUCGGGCCUGGAGGGCACGGAAAACGGACAUGAAACCCGCAGAGAUAUUGGCGACAUACUGCAGCAAAUAAUGACCAUCACCGACCAAAGUUUGGACGAGGCACAGGCCAAGAAACAUACACUCAACUGUCACCGAAUGAAGCCAGCUUUAUUCAGCGUCCUCUGCGAAAUCAAAGAAAAAACUGGCCUGUCAAUGAGGAACGCCCAGGAGGACGAGCCUCAGGAUCCUCAGCUGGUGCGAUUGGACAACAUGCUGCUGGCGGAGGGUGUGGCGGGCCCUGAGAAAGGCGGCGGGGCUGCCGCUGCCGUGUCUGCUGCCACCAGCACGGGAGGGAUGUCACCUGACAGCUCGCUCGAGCACUCCGACUACAAAAGCAAGUUGAGCCAGAUUCGCAGUAUCUACCACAGUGAGCUGGAGAAGUAUGAGCAGGCAUGCACUGAGUUCACUACUCAUGUGAUGAACCUGCUGAGGGAGCAGUCGCGUACCCGGCCCGUGACCCCGCGGGAGAUUGAGCGCAUGGUGGCCAUCAUCCACCGCAAGUUCAGCUCCAUCCAGACGCAGCUGAAGCAGAGCACCUGCGAGGCGGUCAUGAUCCUGAGGUCUCGCUUCCUCGAUGCCAGGCGCAAGAGGCGCAACUUCAGCAAACAGGCCACAGAGGUCCUGAAUGAGUAUUUCUACUCCCACCUGUCCAACCCUUACCCCAGUGAAGAAGCCAAAGAGGAACUCGCCAAACAGUGUGGCAUCACCAUGUCUCAGGUCUCCAACUGGUUCGGCAACAAGCGAAUCCGCUACAAGAAAAACAUCGGCAAGUUCCAAGAGGAGGCCAACCUUUAUGCCAUGAAGACCGCCUUAGGGGCCAGACAGGGCGACGAUUCUCCGCACACUCCCAACUCCACAGGGUCCGGGUCCUUCUCCCUGUCUGGGUCCGCCGACCUGUUCCUCGGGGUUCCUCCUGUGAACGGCGAGCAGUCUGCUUACCAAAUGGGCGUGCAGGCUAACGGGAACUGGCAGGGACGGAACUCGCCGCGGUCCGGCAACUCGCCCCACAGCGACCAAUCAGACAACUCCGACUGAUGCCCCCUCCGGUCCAGAACGGAAAGUCAGUCGACCGUAAAGAAGACAGAAAAGAAUGAUUUCACACUUCCCACUCGGCUGCAGGUUUUUGUUUCAUGUUUGUUUGGUUUUAUUAUCCGUAUUUACUUUUCUUACCGCUCAGCGUCGGUCAUUCUUAUGUUUAUGAUUCGCUGAGUGCUCGGAUGGUAGAGUGAAUAUGUGUGUGUGCGUGCGUGUGUGUGUUGUGUGCAUGCAUGCAGGUGUGGUUUUAUUAUUGGGGUCGAAGGGUUUUUUUCCACUACGUUUAGACAUGUUACUGAGGUGUUUGUCGAUGGGAAGGAGGAGAGAGGAGGUGCAUUAUCAUGGUUUUUAGCACACUCAUUAUUAUUAAUAUUAAUAUUAUUGCCGUUUUAUUAAUGCUACAACUAUUUUCAUGUUAACAGCUCAGAUAGAGAGAAUGCAUUUAUGAGAGUGUGAGAGGGCAAUAGAGAAAAAUCCAAAGAUUUAGUGUGUUUGUUUCUCUGUUUUGUUUGUUCUGUUUUUAUUUUCUACCGGGCGUCUGUGUCCCUGUAAAAACGAAUGAGGCGUGUCUGAAUUCACGUUAACGGUUUGAAUGAGUAUAUCAACAGUGCUGUCUUUUUUCUGUACAGUGAAACACCUGUAUUCUCUCUACCUCUUUUACAAUAAAGACUCUCUGUAUUCACUACCA